GUGUGUGUGUGUUUGGAGCACCGGUGCAGAGGGCCAGCCGUCAGUCCCUGGGUGCGAAUCCCUUGCUGUCUUCCACACCAUCCCGCUUCCCCUACGUCCCUCCCUCAGCCCCACGGUCGCGCACGCAGCGACGGCCCCGGGAAACAGGUGUGGGGGGCGUGCGGGGUCGCUCGAGACAAAGGGGGCACGGGGGUGAGCCCGCCAUGGCCUCCCGGAGCUUGGGGGGCCUGAGCGGGAGCCGCGGCAGUAGCGGCGUCUGCAAGAAGAGCCUGAGCGCCCGCAAUGCUGCGGUGGAGAGGAGGAACCUGAUCACGGUGUGCAGGUUUUCUGUGAAGACCCUCAUUGAUCGAUCUUGCUUUGAGACAAUUGAUGAUUCCUCUCCUGAAUUUAACAAUUUUGCAGCUAUUUUGGAACAGAUUCUAAGUCACCGGCUAAAAGGUCAAGUAACCUGGUUUGGUUAUGAGAGUCCUCGUAGCUUCUGGGACUAUAUCAGAGUGGCUUGCCGGAAAGUUUCUCAGAAUUGUAUCUGCAGCAUUGAAAAUAUGGAAAAUGUCAGUUCCUCUAGAGCUAAGGGUAGAGCCUGGAUCAGAGUAGCACUCAUGGAAAAACACUUAUCUGAAUACAUCUCUACGGCUCUGAGAGACUUCAAAACAACCAGGAGAUUUUAUGAAGACGGAGCAAUUGUCUUGGGUGAAGAAGCAAAUAUGCUUGCUGGCAUGCUGCUUGGACUCAAUGCUAUUGAUUUCAGCUUCUGCCUGAAAGGACAAGGAUUAGAUGGCAACUUCCCUGCUGUAAUAGACUAUACACCAUAUUUGAAGUUUACACAAAGUUCUGACAGUAUCAGCAGCGAUGAGGAAGAACUCAGGACUCUGGGCAGCAGUGGCAGCUCAGGAAGCAGCACUCCAGAGAAGGUGGGGCCUCCUUUCAUCAUGGAUGAGAACAGCUGGUUCAACAAGUGUAAGAGAGUGAGACAUAAGUAUCAGCUAACCCUGGAACAGAAGGGGUAUCUUGAAGAACUCUUACAACUUCGAGAGAACGAACUGUCUAAAUCUGUCUCCCAGAAUAAACUACUACUUCAAAGGAUUGAGGACUCUGAGCUGGCUCAUAAAUUAGAGAAGGAACAAUUAGAGUAUAUAAUUGUGGAGCUUCAAGAUCAGCUGACUGUGCUAAAGAAUAAUGAUUUAAGAUCAAGACAAGAGUUAACUGCCCACCUCACCAACCAGUGGCCUUCCCCAGGAGCUCUGGAUGUCAAUGCUGUUGCCUUGGAUACGUUGCUUUACCGAAAACACAAUAAACAGUGGUAUGAGAAAAGUUACCAUAGUCUUGACCAGUUGUCAGCAGAAGUUAGCCUUUCUCAGACUUCAUUGGAUCCAGGUCAGUCACAAGAAGGAGAAGGAAAACAAGACCCAUUGAAUUUCAUCAGUGAAGGUAAAGAAGAUACUCCCUCAUUACUUGGUCUCUGUGGGUCUCUUACAUCAGUGGCAAGUUACAAGUCUCUAACAAGCCUAAAAUCUAAUGACUACCUUGCAAGUCCUACAACGGAGAUGACAAGUCCAGGCCUAACUCCAUCCUGAAAAACUUAUGUGAAAGUUGAAAGUUUCUAUAUUGUAAAUGUUCAGUUUAUGUAAGUUCAACUGCUGGGGAGACCUUUGAAAUUUUAUAUUGUUCUGGUACAUGUCUGGAAUUCUGCUUAGAGAGUUCAGUACUCCAUGUAAACUUAUAAGGGGAAAAAUAAUGGUCCUGACAUUUUUUCAUUUAAAAAAAACUUAUAUUUGUCAUUGAGAAAGUUUAAAAUUGAACAGGCUUUAAAAAACUUUUGAAGAUUCUCCAAAUUAAUGAUUCAUUCAAAUUGUACAUAGUUAAUAUUCAACUGAUUUUUAUAUAUUUCUUUACAUAUAUCUUAGUGAUCAGAGACUGAGAUCAAGGCUUUAUUCCAGAGACUUAAGCUAAAUAUUUUCUUUCACUCAGUGGUCAAAUUUUCAAAAUAAGACAACUAAAUUCAGUUUUCCACUAAUUUCUAACAUUUAAAUGCCAUAUGUUUAAUAUUAGGGCAGUGUUCUAGAUUGCAGUUCACAGUGGUUUUUCAGUUUUUUUGGUUUUGGGUGGUUUUGUUUUGUUUUGUUUUGUUUUUUUGGUUAUGCUGGGGAUUGAACCCAGGGCCCUGUACAUGCUAAAGAAGUGCUCAACACUGAGCUAUUCCCUAGCCUGUCAUUUUUUUCUUCAACAUUUAUCAUUUGGUACUAAUUAAACAUUCCAUUUAACAUUUUAUAAAUUUUGUAGGAAUGUGCCUUUUUUGGCAAUCACUGAUUUUCUUUGUAUGGGUCAUAGGUAAAGUAUAUUAUACAGAGAGAAAAAUGAAUAAAUUUCUUAUUGUUGUUUCCCCAGGAUUUUCAUUAACGGUUGUCAGUUUUUAAAUGUGAUCAGGUAUGUCUGAAAAGUUGGAGACGUUUCAAAUAUAGAAGGAAUGCUAGAAAAUGUUACAUCAGGAAUGAUUUUAAGUUCAGCUAAAGAUUGAGAAGAUUUUAAACAAGGAUCACUAGAAUAAGCACCAUACUUAAUAAUAAAUAAAUGCCUGACAUACAGUGCUAUUUUUUCCUCCCUUACAUGUAACAAUGAAUUAUGUCAUGCGUGUUUUAUGAACUCUAGCAUCAUGUCAUAAUCUCAUUUUUAAAAUGAUGUUAAUAUUUAAAAGGUCCCUACACUUCUACAGGUAAAUUAGUUUUUUUAUAGUCCAUAUUUUAAAUCUUUUGCAAUUUUUAAAACAGCUACAUUUGUCCCUUAAAUUUCCACCAUAUCAAAAGUGAAAAUAUAUGAAACAUAUUUUCUAUAGUAAGAAAUAAGGAAAACAUGAUUAGCUGUGCCAAAGAGAUUUUAUACAUUGUUUACAUGAAAAGGCCACAAUAUUUAUCUGGAAUGUCAUAUGGUAUUUUUGUUUAUUACUAAAACAUUACAUUCAAACAUAGUAGCUUUGACAUAUAGGAAAAAUGUUCUUCCUAAAACAAUUUUUUUAAGAAGUGAAUUACCUGUUCAUUCUUUGUAUUAGAAAUGUAGGAGUCUGAUGGUUCUCUGCAAUAUUUAGAGCUUAGUUUCAUAAUUUGGAAUAUAAACUAAGGUCAGUCUUGUAUGUGAGACAGUCCAAACAAUGUCAUUUCAGGGACAAAGGAGACCUGGAAGCCCUUAUAAUAAGCUAUCUUAAGUGUGCCAGGACAUACUCAGAGCUUUAUUCCUUUAUCUUAAGGCUUUAAUAUUUGUAGAAAUGCAAAUGUUCUUGAGAAAUGGUACCUUUAAUCUAUUCUUAAUUCUGUAUACCCUUGACAAGAGUGAAGUAUCCAAAGCAGUUUUUAAGAAGCAUGAGGAAGAAGGUACAAAAUAAAGACAUUUGACAUCUUGGGAGGAUGGAGUAAAGAAAUGAAUGAGGAGGGAACUUUGGGAAUUUUAGGCUAGCCUUGAGCAGCUUUCCUAAGAAUUUUCAGAAUAUUUAAAUGCUUAAUAAUUCAUGGUCCACUCUCAGCUGACACAUAGGAUCCUUCAGUAAUUAAAAAAUAUUGUUAAUUUUUUUCCAUUCAUUUUUAAAAUGUAGAAGGAAAUUCAAGAUUCCAUAAUUGGUAUACUUUUCAGGUUUGUCUACUGGGAACAGUAAUUUGUGUAUCUUAACCUGCUGCUAAGUGCAGAUUUAAACAUGGCAUCUGAGGAUCAGGACUUUUCCUCCUUUCUUGGAGCUCUUGGAAUAAAAUUCAUUGGCUACUGUGAAAUUCAGGUUUUUACACAGUUCAUUUCACACUAGAAGUAGUUUGUAAAUUUUGCAUGAAGAAACAAUGUAUGUCUUAACCUUUAAUUUAAGUGGUAGUGUUUCUUUUUAACGACCCCUCCCCCAAAAGAAUGCUGAACUAUAUGUUAAUAUUUCCAUGUGUAUUUUGUUGCCUUGAUGUACUAUACUUGUUGCAUGUAUAUUAAAGAUUUUGUACCCUGCA